AUGCUGCAGUACUUCGUGGACAAGCUGUUCGGCGACCUGCCAGCGAACUUCAACUUCGUGAUAGGGAAAAGGCUGGAGUGCGGGAGUCCCCAAAACGGGGGGUACUACGAAAUGUACGAAGGGGUGAACAAGAACAACGAAGGGGUGAGUAUAUUUAUAUAUGGUAAGAAGGGGAAGGAAGGGAGUAGCGAGAGAAGGUACACAAGUAGGCAUUUGACCUUUUCUAAAAAAUUAAUUCAUCCAAAUAUUUUAAAAGUUUUAUAUACAUACGAGAGUGAUAGGAGGAUCUACAUAGUGACAGAAAAAUGUACCCCUUUGCACAUUGAGGGGGUAAAGAGUGACCCCCUAUGGGGUUUAUAUGAGAUUUUCAGCGCAGUGUACUUUGUGAGCAUGUGUAAUUACGUGCACUGUUUGGUGAAUCCUUUAAGUGUGUUUGUAAAUGAAAGGGGGAGGUGGAAAUUGUCUCUUUUUGAUUGUGUCCACGAGAAAGGGGAAAGUAUCCAUCACAUUUUGAGUGAUCUACAGGAGCAUAUAGUUUGCACGUACGGAUAUGCAAUUCCCAUUCCGAAUGGAGUUCAUGCCACAUGGGUAGAUGCACACGGGUUGGCCUUCCUAAUGGCUUGGUCGUACAGGAGUUACCUCGAGCAGACGAGUCAUUUUGGAGGUGAUCACCCAGGGGUUGCAUCCAUUAGGAGGAGUAGUCCCCCCCAUGACAGUGGCACAUUGGAAGCACAGAGAAGACACUAUUUAAAAACGCCAAUGUUGAAUGGGGAGGAUGCACACGAGGGGUUGUCACCCACAAAUGUGUUCGAAGUGGACCUCCAAAGAACCGCACAGGAAUGCAUACCGAAGAGAUUGCUGCCAUUGUAUAGUACCCUACUGAAGUGUAGUAAAAACGAAAUAAACUUCCUGCCCAUUUUAAAUGAUGAGAGUCUGAGGAGAGACAGCACCAUCAGCACCAUGCUAUUCCUGACGCAGAUACAUAUGAAGUCGAGGAGCGAAAAGGUGCACUUCCUGGAUAACCUCUUUUGUACACUAGAAAACAUCUCAGCAAGUGUAAAAACGGAGAAAAUUUUACCUGAACUUGUUCAGAAUGUUGAGGUCUCUGAGAGUAGGGUCACCUGUCUGAGGAUAGUCCUAACCAUUUCGAGAGAACUAACAGCGGAGCAGUUUGACCAGAUGGUUUUCCCGACUGUCUCCAAAUAUUUUUCUCUAAACGACAGAUCAGUCAGAUUCGUUUUGCUAGAAAGUUUCCAUCACAUAGAGAAGCACCUGAGCAGUACCCACAUGAACGAAAUGUGCAAUUCGUACCUCUAUGGAUUUUUGGAUAACAAUAAGUCCAUAAAAAAUGAAAGUAUAAAAAAAUUCAUUUAUGUGUUUCCAAAAUUGAAGCCAAAUUUUAAGUCUUCUUCUUUGAUGGCCCUGUUGGAAAAUUUAAGAGACUCCGAUUUUUGCGUUAAGACCAAUACGAUCAUUUGUGUGGCAAAAAUUGCGAAGCAUAUUUUGGAGGAUAAAGAGAAAAUUCUUGAAAAUGUCUACAGGGUUGGGUUGCAGGAGUCGUUUGUUCAAACUAGGUUGGCCACUAUCCAGGCUGUUAAAUUUACGUAUGACCAGUUCAGUGCGAAGAAGUACGCUUCGAAUGUUUUGCCCCUCCUGGUUAGGUCCCUCAUUGAUGAUUCUGUGGAGGUUCGCCUCGCAGCUUUUGACGCGAUGGACUCCGUUUGUGCGCAGCUGAGGGGGGAUUUGCUGGGGGGUAGCGGCAGCGGCAGCGGUCCACCGAUAGCAGGUGGCGCGCCAAAUGGGAACGACCCUUCCACUUCCCCAGUGGAGUCCCCCAAAGGUUACACUUUUAUGAGUAAGAUAAUGGGAAGCGGAUUGAGGGACCCCCAGGAGGGAACCCCCAAUUUGGGAAGCGGAUUGAGGGACACCCAGCAGGGCUCUCCCAAUGUGGGUGACUUCUCCGGGAGAGCUGUCCACACAGGUGCGACGGACAGCGAUCCACUUAGCACCUUUGUUUAUGGCAUGCCCCCCGUUGGAGGCGCACACAGCGCGACAGGAAGUAGAGCUCACCCGAGUGUGAAUUCCCAAACGGGGGUGUAUAACAGCGGGGAGAGGCACAUGGCCGCGUUCCAACAUCAGAGUUACAACCAAAGAGACAAUUUCAUUUUUGAGGAGGAAAUGAAAAAUUACCGCGACGGAGGGGGGUGGGGAGAUGGCGGGAUGGACAGCCUUUUUGACGCCAACCUCCAUUUGGGGGAGUCCUCCCAAAGAGCGGCCCAAAAUGCCGCCCAAACAAUCGACCUUGACAUGGAUGACUUCUUUAAGGAGUUCGACUUGAAAGGGGAUGGCAGUGCGAAGGUGAAGUUGAGUUCGUUGUAG